AUGUCCGCCUGGUACCAGGCGGAGAUCAAAGUGGAGGUGAUCUUCAACAGAGAUAUCCAAGAGGUGGUCGCCUGGGUGCAGCCACACGUCAAACAGUACGACCGGCGCGUGCAGAUGUCUUGCAAGGACAAGGUUUUCUGUGUGGCGACCAGCCGCAUCAUCCUGUCAGACAAAAGGGCCGUCGACGCUGUGGAGUCAGGUGGGGUCGGCAUCGCCCAGCUCUUCAAGCAUUUCAAGAUACUGCCCCACUUCUACUUGGUGGAUGCCGGACAAGAAAGUGCGCCUACCGGCCAACAACUCUGGCGCGAAUAUGUCCUACAUGGUGGAGGCAUCGAGUGCCGAAUCCGCGAGGACUUCUGCCCAAACUUUCUGGAUCUGUUCGGCGCUGUGUCGGCCAGCGGAGGCCUCUGGAACAUGGGCGAGUUCAACGGCACGGAAAGCAGGAGUAGAGCUGCCUCGGCUGAGCAGUCCAGCUCGAAGGAUGCAGCGCUGGUGGAGGGCGAAACAGCGAAGGAGGAGACGGCUCCGGUAGCCGAGGCCGAGCCAGCGAUGUGCUCGACAAGAUCGGAUCCUCACUUAGGCGACCUCCUGAAAGGGACGCGCUGCAUCAACAUCCUCGACGACGAGUUGGCGCAGACGGCGCAUCCAUUGCAGCGCGCCCUUCUCACUGCUGCAGGCACCGUCGUGCGCGUCAUCACAUCCUACCACAAGGUCUCCGUGCAGGUGGGUAUACUCCGGAGCCGACGUGUGCCAGGCAAAAGCAACGAGUACGAGCGGGUGGUUCUGAUGUUCUGCGACGGGAUCGCCUUUUGCCGGGCCCGGACGCUGGUGAAGUUGGAGUCUGAAGAGCUGAAGGAGCUGGUGGACAGCGGGAGUUGUGAUGUCGGAGAGCUCUUCCGCGCCAAGGAUUUGCUUCCGGAGUUUUCGCUGUUGCAGGUGCAGCUUUGCCCUUCGGACGUGCCGGGAUUCGGCCGGAAGUACAUGCUCACUGCGCCAGGCAUUUCCUGCCACAUCGCAGAGGAGUUCGCCUUAGUGGCCCUCACUUUAUCGAGGGACAUGCGGCCUUCGCAACUGGCCGGGCAGCUUCCCGGGAUUCCACACAUCUGGACAGACUUCACGGUGAGGCUGUGA